AUGCCGGAACCUCUGCCAUGGUGGUAUAAGCCUGGUCAACAUUAUGCCUAUCAACAAGGGGCACCAGGCCAUGAUAUUGAGAAUUAUUAUUCAUUGAAAUACGAGGUUCAACAAUUAGUAAAAAGUGGGAUGGUGCCUUUUGAAGACCGUGCACCGAAUGUUAAAGCCAAUCUGUUACACGCUCAUGGUAACUCUUAUGUAAAUAUGGUGGACGGUUAUCCCGGUAAGUACAUAGUUUUUGAUGUCCGACGUAUCCAAAGAUCUUUGGUGGAACUUCACAAAACAUUGUGUCAGAUUUGUGAAUGUGGGCAUGGUCAUUAUGGUUGUGUUAUUUGUAGUGUUAAUUCACGUAGGUGUAAGAUUGUGAAGGGGGACAUUCAAAAGUUAAUGGAUGAAGGUAUGAUUCAAAUCAACCAAGCCAGAGAUCUGGGUGAUGACGUGAAUGUGAUUGUUCUAGUUUUCAAGACUCCCGAACGAGUGGUGAUUCAGUAUGAUAGCAGGAAAAGAAGUAAUAGAUCGGUAUCACUAUUAGUGAUACGGCUGGUGGGCGUAGUCUCGUACACAUCCGAUAAAGCUGUGCCUUCCAAAAAUAAUGCUACUAUGAUUAAAGAUGGGCAAAAGGUUCCUCUUUCCGCAUCUAAUUUAGUAGUAAGCAUUUCUGAUGUCGUUAAGGUGACCCGAAGCGGUCGAGUAUUUAGUUCGGUAUCCCCGAAGGUUGUGAAGGAUGUCAUAGUUAGGAAGAAGGUCGAGGCGGUUAUUCAUUUGGUUGAUCAUAUUAAAAUUCCAAUUUGUCAGUCUGGUGACUCUAGUGAUUGGAAGGUUAAGGAUGAUAAUGGUGAACUACUCCGUAUGAUAAAGAAAAGCGAGUUUAACAUUAUGGAACAGCUACUACAAACACCCUCCAAGAUCUCUAUUUUAUCUCUGUUGAUAAAUUUUAAAGCACACCAAGAGGCGUUGCAAAAGGUACUUCAGCAAGCCUAUGUUGAACAUGAUGUUACAGUUGAUCAGCUUGUUCACAUCGUUGCUAAUAUCACUUCGUGCAACAAUUUGAGUUUUUGCGACGAGGAGCUUCCAGAAGAAGGAAGGAAUCAUAAUCUGACUCUCCAUAUAUCUAUGAAUUGUAAGGAAGAUGCUUUGUCAAACGUAUUGGUAGAAACUGGUUCAUCUUUGAACGUUCUACCCAAGUCUACUUUGGCUAGGCUAUCUUAUCAAGGAGCACCCAUGAUAUAUAGUGGUGUGAUUGUGAAGGCGUUUGAUGGUUCUCGUGCUAUUACGUCGACUCUACAUCAGAAGCUCAAAUUUGUCAAGAAUGAGAAGUUUGUUAUUAUUGGGGGUGAGAAAGCGUUAUUAAUAAAACACUUAUCAUCUUUCACGUAUGUUGAAGUCGAGGAAGCUGUUAGAACUCUAUUCCAAGCUUUGUCUGUGGCUAAUGUGAUCCAGAAGACUGGGGCAUCCAUGUCUUCUUUUAAAGAUGCGCAAAAGAUUUUUCAGGCUGAUGACACAGACAAUUGA